AUGAAAUAUACGUAUGAAAUAAAUGACGUGCCCCAAGAACUAGCUGAGCAAUUACUCAACACAUUUCGAAGUCCAUUUUGGGUUGAUGAACAUCGAUGGUUUGUUCGAUGUGAUUCAUGUCCAACGAGAGGAUGGAUUUUUAUCUAUACUUUACCGUAUGCUUUUGACGAUUUUUCCGUUUAUGGUCGAUUACUCAGUAAAUCCACUUGUCCUCAAGAGAAAAAUCUACAGACAUAUGAUUGUGUACGUGAAUUAACAUACGAUGUUGAGCCUUCGACAUGUUCCCAACUAUCGGAUAUUCAAUUUAAUAAACCAGAAAAAAUGAGAAUAAGACUUCCUGUCGAUGAUUAUUUUUGGUCAAUCGUUCCAACAUUUGAUCAUUUGACUUCACUGCAAGUACAAGCGAGUGAUAUUAAUGAAGAAUGUACAAAACAAUUUCAACUGUUACUUUCUCGAGCCUCUCAUUUAUCAUCAUUAAGUAUAUGGAUAUUUUUCAAUAGCGGUCAUGCCGUAGACCUACUAUUGGGAACAAAGCAUGUUUCUAUAAAACGAAUCGAUCUAGGAGAAUUGUCUGACGGAUUUGAUGAAGAGCAAUGUAUGAGAUUGAGUCGUUCACCUUUUGCUAUGCAAUGUGAAGAACUUCGCAUUCAUGUAACACAUCGAUCAUCAAUAUGUUAUCUGGUCAAAAUGAUGCCUAAUCUACGAUCCUUGUAUGUGUAUUGUCAAUAUGACCAGCCAGAGGAAACUUUUUCAAAAAAUGAACUUGUCGAUUGGUUACGAGAACAACUGUUAGGUGUACGACCAUUGAUUGAAAUCUCACGUUCGUAUAAUACUGUCCGAUUGGAAAUGCGUCAAAACUCUUCUACAUGA